AUGCAUCUGAAAACCAAUCUAUCCAAGUGUAUCCCAGAUCGAAGAUGUCUCGUUUGUGGAGAUGAUAAAGCCAGUCGACAUUAUGGAACAGUCGCGUGUAAUGGGUGCAAAGGAUUCUUCCGAAGGAGCGUAUGGGAAAACAGAACAUAUAUUUGUGCGGGAGCAAAGGAUUGUGAUGUGGAACAAAGGUUUCGAAAUCGAUGCAGAGCGUGUCGGUUUCAGAAGUGUAUCAAUGUGGGGAUGGAUAGAAAAUCUGUCCAAUCAGAACGAGAAGUCCGGUUACCCAAAGACACAGUACUCAAGCCAAAAGCCUCCCUGAAAGCAAAAAGAGCGAGUCUGCAAAUGUCAUCCUCAAUAACAAGUUCCAUUCCAAGUUCAAGUUCAACUCCAGAUGUUGAUUCACCUUCUAUUGUCAAGGAACUUUAUAGUAUUCAAAGACGAGUGGAAACAACAUUCUGCCAGGAAUUCGAAGACUUGGUGCAGUGUUUUGGAACGAUGUGUAAUGUGAAUAUCACAUUGAAGUCUGCAUUGGAGAAUCCGGAAAAGGUCGCGACAAGAACGAAGCUCGAAUGGGGAAACACAAAACGACUGGCCACACUACGAGAUUUGACAGUAACAUGGUGUCGAACAUUCGUAUGGUUUCAUGAUUACAUGAGUUCAUUCAUCGAACUGGAUCGGCUGAACUACCUGGAUCGAACGAUUCUAUUCAAACUUCGUUUCGCUCCUGUCUCAUGGAUGUUAUAUGCAUUUCAAUCAUACCGACAUAAUGUGGAAGGAGUUACAUUCACGAAUGAUGCAUGGUAUCCAAAUGACAAGGAGAAACAGACGUUGAUGGAGAAACCAUGCUUCGACUACUACAACCGAUGUUCUGGAACAAUGAUGUAUGACUUGGUGAAUAAGAUGAAGCAGAUUUGUAUGACAGAAGAAGAAUACUCGUGCAUGCUGGCGAUCAUCUUGUUUCGAUCAGACUACCGUCUCUCCCCGGACUCCAACCACGUCCUCGCCUCAACCGGAGACCAGUAUACACAAGCACUUUCUGAAUUGAUAAUGAGUCGAAUGGAGGAUAAAGAUGAUCUACAAGCAUUGGAUCGGCUGGCGACUCUCAUGUGUAUGGUCACUUCUUGUCAGUCAAUAGCCCGUACCGAAGACGACAACGUAACAUUCCUUGCCAUCUUCAACAUGGCUGAUCUAGUCGGUCUCCCUUAUGAAGUUCACUCAGCACUUCGUCAAGAAGAACCUCCACAUGGCUAUGUUGAAUGA